CACUGAUAAUACCGAGGUUAUUUGUCUACCGCCGUACAUACACAGUCCUGAUUUCCAAACAUAAUCGGAUCUGCGCAGGUAUUUUCAAGGUAGCUACACCCCCUGUCGCCACUUUCCAGAACGCAGAUCGUAACGUCAUUCGGCGGACGUGCCAGUCGCAAGUUGUCCAUAGCGACAAGACAGUACCAAUAUGGCGCAUCUGAGCAUGGGAGCUUUCGGGGCAUACCAACAUUCGUACAGUGAAUAUUUAAAAGAAAGGAAAGAACGCGAAAACCGAUUGAAUCCACCCGAACCGGAGGUAGUGUGGGUGACGAAAAGGUACGACCCAACUGAUCUCCGCUUCACAGCUCCAACACCCCGACACAAGCUGGUAGUCCCCAGGGACCUGCCCCCUGUCCAGAAGCAAUUUGUGCCAGUAGGACUGGAUCCGCCGCUCAGAUACUUCGACAGGGACCUUCAGCGGGACGGUAUUUACAUAUAUGCGUCUAGUCCGUGCACUCGCUCAGAGGAGUGGUCAACUCUUAGGCAGAUUCUACCCUCCAAAGGCCCACACUUCAAAGUCGGUCCCCCCAAAUGGGGGACAGGAUUGGGUUACCCUCCCUUUUACUCCGCAAGGCCCAAACGCAGAAACCCAACAGUUAACAGCCCAAUGACAAAGUACGUGGAUGACAUGCAUAUAGCAGACAAGUUGUUUAGACUCUACUAAACAAAACCCUAUCUUGAGAACCAAAGAGGAGUCAACUUAAUUGAACAAGAACUGUACAUUUUAAAAAUAUAUCUAAAAAUAUUAGAUGUAUUUAUAAAAAAUACAAUACAAAAUACCAAGAUCUAUACAUAAUAAAGAAGAUCCAUAUUACAUGGAAAUAUGAAAUUGUAAAUAUAAAGUACAGAUGUAUGGUUUCUAUAGAAGUAUAUGGAUUACUUUUAACGAUAUGAGAGGUAAAACACAACGUAGAUCUACCAAAUAACCACGGAGAUGUAGUGAAUAAUGUCAGCUGCUAAUAUGAGACGAUUUCUGAAAUAUGUUUUCGUAUAAUGUGCACUGACGCAACUAUCUAUUGAUAAUAUUUUUCUUCGUUAUUUUAUGUUUUGCCAGCUCAUGUCGGCAGAGUCACUGAAUUACAAAUAUAACGCUGUAAUUUGUGCAUGGGUAAAUUGAAAAGUUCUAAGACUAAGCAUUUAUUUCAUCGAAUCGUGUACAUCAGUAUUAUGCUCAAAAUGCCAGCCAGGCCCUUUGUAAAAAGAAGUCUUAUUUCGAUUGAAGGAUAAAGAAAUAGCCGCCAGCUGUGGAAAAAUGGUUAAUGAUUUCUGCACCACGACAAUUCUCCUUUACCCGCUGCUGAUUACAUUAAAUAUUUAAAUUUUUGGAAGAUGAAGAAGAAGAAGAAAGAAAGAAUAAGAAACCAUUCCAUUGAUACCACACAUCUUGCCCCGUAUGAGUGUUUUCUGUUCCGAAACAAUAAAAUAGUAACUGAAAAGAAAGAUAUUUGAUGACAUUCCAACCAUACAUAAUAAUGUGACGGCAGAACUCAGUUGGAUAACAAUGGAAGACGUCCAACAUUUCUUCCGAAAGUGGCAGGGGCGCUGGGACAAAUUCAUAUCAUCUGUGAGAGAUCAACUUGAAGGGCACAGCUUACAAUACUGAUGUGUGUACAUACAUACAUACAUACAUACAUACAUACAUACAUCAAUCUUUGAAAUAAAUGCUUUAAUUAGUCCUAGAACUUUGUGAUCAGAAGUUGUACUUCGUUAUGUAUACUUCACAAAGAAUGUAUAACUGCAUGAUCAAUGCUUAGAUUCGUACCAUGAUUUAUAUAUGGGUUGUUCGAGAAAUUAUCAGAUCUAGGGGCCUGCUGGAGGUGCGCACCCAUUCCUUCGAACUCGGAAGUGCCCCGGACCCCCAGUGUUUCUUUGAUAGAUGUAUGCAAUCAGUUUAUGUUUUUAAAAAGAGGAUUGGUGUAAUAUCUUGGUCGGUUGGUGUUUGUAGGAUAGCUUAUCACAGAUAUAAUACAUGUUAGCGUAAUUCAACUUAUGGGGAAAAUUGUCUUUUUCUUCUAUUUUUUUUAAUUUUUUACUAUGACCACAUCAUUCGUUAUUUAUGAUAACACACACCAAUAACACACGUAUGAUGUGUGAUAUCAAUUUAAAGACAUGACUUGGUGAUGACCAGAUCGAAACAGUCAUACCAUCAAACAAAAACAAAAAGCACGAUCGAAAUUCAUUACACUGUGACGAAUACGUUAACUGAUUGCUCUGUGACGGAAGUUAGCUGCAAACGCCGAGGAUGUAAAUACGUUUUAGUUGGAAAAUACGUUUAAAUUUAUUUUAAACCUUGUGUUUAAGGUUAUGUAAGACAUAUAAUACCACAUUCGUGUCCGUUAGAUACCAUUGUUCUUACAAUUCGUUAGAUGUGCUUUAAAACAACUCGUGAGAUAGGCUUAAAUGGUAUCUAACGGCCACUCAUGUAGUAUUCACUAUAUAGUAUGUAGGUAAAGGAUAUUAAGAUAACCCCUCACCAGAAAUGUCUAGAGUAACCAAAAACUGCAUACCGUAACAGUAUUAAUAUAAUGUUUACAACAGUAUUGAAUGCUUUUAUAUUUUCUUAUUUUGUAGUCUUUUAUUUUAUAGUCUUUUAUUUUGUAGUCUUAUUUUGUAGUUUUAUUUUGUUGUCGUAUUUUAUAGUCGUCUUUUGUAGUUUUAUUUGGUUCACAAAUAUCAAUUAAUUAUUUGUGGGCACUUUAUUUCAAAUAAAUUUAUACAUAUUGUUUGUGUUUACAAGCUUUUGAAAUAUACAAGUUCAAGUUAUUAUGUUUGUUUUAGAGGUUGGUCUACAUAAUAAACCAAUGCUGUGAGGAUUCAUUUGAAAUAUAUUAUAAUGUCUU